AUGGCUUUAAACAGACUAUUCGCAGGCUUAAGUCUGACUAUAUCACCUCACGUGGUUGGUCGAAGAGCCAUACAAGUAGCAGCAGUGAAUUAUGCAAGUAAACCUAACAUUGUAAAACCGAAACCAGGAUUUGGUAAAAGUUACAGAAGAAUCGUCCAUUUCCCUGAAGAAUAUACCGUAAAACCAUUAGAAGUGACUAAUCUGGCCGGAAGAGAUCCUGUGUCAGGACGAGUAGUAGCAAAAGGUAUCGGCGGCGGGAUAAAACACAAAUAUCAUUGGAUUGAUUGGGUCAGGGAUGGCCCGACGGAAGGCCCGCCACAAGAAGAAAAAGUUAUUGAGAUAAUUGAAUGUGGUUGUAGAACAGCUCAUGUAGCUUUAGUAGCUGUUGGCGAUAAGCUUAAAUAUAUUUUAGCUACAGAGAAUAUGAAAGCUGGUGAUAUCAUAAAGUCUUCACGUUAUUUACCUAGAAUACCUGUGAGAGCUAAUGAGGGUGAUGCAUAUGUUCUUGGAGCUUUGCCAACCGGCACAAUUGUACAUUGUAUAGAAAAAGAACCAGGUCAAGGUGGAUUAUACAUACAUGCAGCGGGAACCUCUGGUACAAUACUCCGAAGACAAGAUGAUAGAAUUAUAGUUCAGAUGCCAUCAAAGAGAUUGUUCAGCUUUAAUGAACAUUGCAUGGCUGUUGUUGGUCGUCUCUCAAAUGUAGAUCAUGGUAAUACGCCAAUAGGUUCCCCUCAAAGGAACAGAUGGCUCGGUAACAGACCAAGAUCUGGACUUUGGAAAAGGAAGGAUGGAAGGCACGGAAGGAAAAUCAGACCUCCGAAACCAGUCAAGGAAAUAUUCCACCCCAAAAACUUCCCUCUACCAACUGUUAAUAUGUCUAUGCAUCAUUAG